CUUGUGUGCCUCCUGCCUGCCUAGAAUGCAGGCAGGUAUGUACCUUUUCGGCUUCCAUCCAUCCAUCCAUCCACCCAUCCAUCACUCAUCACCCAACUGGAAAGUCAGCCAGUCUCCGACUUUUGUUAUGCUUCAUCUUCCCCUCCGAGCUGCAUUCCCACAUCCUCUUGGGAUUCGCCUGCCAUCCUGCGAUCUUAUGAUCCUAACGUAACGAACGGAAAUUCCACGUGCAUCAUCGUCUAUCGGGGCAGACGACCGAGCCGACAAGGCCGUGGACAUACCGGCCAGACUCGACAGCUCUCCAGCCUCACCAUCUACGGUUGCACCUGCUUCGACGCAGCCCACAUCUGACACUCCGGUCUCGAGAUCGGUACCGACACUUCGAUUCCCAAGGCCACAGGGCAACCAAAGACUUGCGAACUGGGUCUCGUCCAGCUCGCCUGAUAUAAUGGCCUCGCCACAUACCCGUGACGAUGACGGCAGUCUGUCCGAUUCUACUUUCGAGAUCAUCCCCCGCGACAGCACAGAUGAGGGCAGUGUGGAUAGCCGCUCCAUGUCCGAGUCUUUUUCGGAGCUUGACAGAUAUCCCAAUGUGGAAGAGGUCCAGGUUCUCCCCGGCGGGGAGGACACCAUGAGCAACAGCGUGGGAAGCACCUUCGAGUCUGAUUCUGAACCUGAAGACGAGAACCCCGUCGGGGAGUCCCAGCUGUCCGUACGGGCGGAGGGCUCUGCCCGCUCAGAUCACGAUGCAGAUGAGUUGCUGCGCGAGUCUUUCACCCAGGCCUCUGUUCCCACGGUUUUCUCGCCAGCGUCUACGGGCUCUAUCGAGUUUAUCGAGCCAGAGGAAGUUGACGUACGCAUCGACAAGAUCUCGGUGAAGCACACGAUCAGGGAGUACAAUGAAUGGGAGGCCACCGAUCUUCUCCACGGCCUUGAGCUGACGGAAGUGCCUCGCCGCCUGUGUGCCACCAUCCGACAAACCAUGUCCCAAAAGUGCCUGUCCACCCGGGAGGUUUUCCGGGUCCUCUAUCUCGGUGAUGAAGCAAUGAAGGGCGAGAUAAUACUCAAAAUCUCCCGUGCUAUCACUUGUUCGUCAUCAGUCGAUCACAACGAGACCAAGAUGCUCCGGAAGAAUACAGAGGGCGUCUACAACAUCGUACCCAUCACUUUUGGCGAUGACAAACACCGCGAUGUCGAGCUCAUGGAGGCUUCGGCCUUCCAGAUCAAGGUAGACACCUGCAAGGGUGUUGACAAACUGCCAAUCGAGGGGACCUUCUUCCGUGACGACAUCAUCUACUCUGUAACAUUGGACGGAGGAAGCGGCGGCGAGAAGUACAAAUCAGUCCCUGCCGGUGGCCCGGAGGGUGCUGCGAUCCUACCCACAUGGAAUCCUUCUCAUAUGGCUGUGAUCUACUGCAGCGAGGCUGAUGAUGCGGAGAUGGCGAGCACCCAAGAGCUCCUUUGGGAGUUCUGCAGACGACACUCCAUCCCGUGUCUCUUCAUUUCACAACACUCGGCUCUCAAGAGCCCUAUCUUUGGGCGGUGGCGAAACUAUACGGAUGAGCACGCUGUUCACCUCUCUCUCGAGUCCAGGGAGUCCAAAGCCCGGGAGUCAACGUGGCCAGAGCAGAGGUUCCCCAUCGAUUUGACCUCGUUCCUAAACAUCGACAACCGCCAGAUGAACCAGAAUCUUGCCUAUCUGACGGGUCUCCAGGAGCCAUCCCAGGUUAUGGAGAGAAAGAAGACGCCACGUGCCGAUUUCGCGCGUGGUUUCCUACGCGGUGGCCGAAAGAACCUACCGGAGCAUGAGUCAAAAGGCUGGAAGGGUUGUGCUGAAAAGUUGAUUGAGGACUACUCCCGCUAUUUCCCCCUCCUCUGCAGCAUGGCAGUUAUUCUACUGGCAGUGGUGUUCGCUGGACUCUUCAAGUUCAUCACUCCUACUACGAUCAGCGAUUCGGCUGCAUACCCGGGUCUGAGCGUCCUCCCGGAAACAACAGUGGGAAUGACAACAGCAACUGCGACCGUCACCAUCAGUCACAUUUCGACGAAGACGGUCAAGCUCACGACUACCGAGACACCAUCGUUCGGAGGGUUUCUCUCUGAUAUAGCCCAUACUGUGAGCUCAGAGCCUAGCCCAAGGGACAGUGUCUGCACUGUCGAGAUGUACAGCAGUAACGAGAUCCUCCUCAAACUCCCAUCCGGUACCAAGACAUCGUGGUUGGCCAAAGGAGCAAUCGAGGUUGAUGUCUUCCGCGGUAAUAGCCCUGUCAAGUCCAAAUUGUCCAGUAUUGACGAGGGCAUCCUUGUUGAGAUCAACCAGAGGGACGCGCACGGGGUGGUCAACGUUUCCAUUGUUACUUCGCGGAAGCCCAAGAUCAACGAGACAUUUGCUAUCGACUUCGGCACUUCCUUCUUCACUGGAGCCUUGGAAGCAGCGAGAGGCACCUUUGAGGAGGUCACUCACAUGUUUGUUGACAAGGCGAACGACGCGGCCAAGCUGUUCGGUGAUAAAUACGGCCCAGCCUUGGCUUCAACGGGGGAGAACGUUAAGAACGAGGCACUGUCCUGGUGGGAUGCGGUCAAAGACAUCAGCCAGGCCGCACAUGCCUUCUCCUCAGAACAAGUUGGACACCUGGAGGGUCGUCUCAAAGACUCUCUCCGUGCCGAAGGCUUGCGCUCCCACCUCGAAAGCGCUCGCCAGAGCCUUGCCGAGAAGCAAACCCGCGUGCUGGAGGACGCAGCCAAGAUCCGCCACGAUGCCGACCUUGCUAUCCUCAAAGCACAGAUAACAUCAAAGCUCUGGUGGCUCAAGGCCCAAGGCAAAUUGGAGGAACAUGACGAGUACGAACGCCAGGCUCGCCUGUUCGUCAAAAAACGCCAGGACGCACUACAGGCCCAACAGUCCUCGGGUGCCGAGGUGAACAAAUGCCCUCGUACCGGAGAGAGCCCAUGCCGGUGCAAGAGCAGGGGACUCGGCGGGUGGAAGGUCUAGUAAACACCUGCACUUGGGUCUGCCUUUGCAUCUUCACCACGACCUCCUUUUUCUCACUCUUAAUGGUUUUACGGAAACGGGCAUGGGAAAGGGAGUAGAUCAAGAACAAUGGCGUUUCGGGUCUGGCUUGUGGUGGGAUCAGCCAGGUUGUAGUUUUAUAUCGCGUUGAUAUCAUUCCCCUCAUGCAAACGGGCCCAUAUUUCCCUGGCCAGUCUCGGUGGACAAUUACACUGGCGAUAGGGAUGCAAUCCUCGGAAACUUGUCGCUUUUGUGCGGUUAACGAAUUGGAAGAGGUGCCGUCAGUUUUAGCACCUGUUGGCGACCGACCAAGAGAGUGGAUUGGGCGAGUGAGGGCGAGGAAUACCAAACGGACGGAAUUCGAGAUAUCUCUCUAUGUUUUUCUCUUCUAGCUAUGAAUACACCAACUGCCCUUG